CUCUGUUUCUCCAGUCUGUGUGUGUUCAGAAUAAUGAGGGAGGCGAUAAGACGCUGAUACAUUCUCUAGAGUGAAAGGAAAGGAUCUCUCUCUCUCUCUCUCUCUCUCUCUCUCUCUCUCCACCGCUAGUAAGAACCCUGAGCGCAAACACAAAGAGGAAGAGAAAGACUAUAUAUAUUUUUUACCCAUUUCUAUCCCAUCGCUGAGUGGACAUAUAACCCCGGGCUUCACAGCUAGACGCGCCUGCGGUCGUUUGGUGCUUAUCUGAAGGUUUUCAGCGCUGCUCCAUUCAUCAACCUGCUCGCCACAGAGAAGAGAAGCCCAGCGGACACUACCGACCCGUUCCUGCGGCGAGUCAUGGCGAGAGAUGCCGAGCGGAACAGCUGCCUCCUGCGCGAUCUACGGCAGCGAGCCGGUAACGAGCUGGCGGACUGCGGCGCUGCAGAGCCGGAUUGGGUGUCUGUGACGCUGGGUGUGUUCGUGUGUCAGGGAUGCUCGCUCAUCCACAGAAGCAUUGAAAGCCUCAGCCAGGUGAAGUCUGUGCUGCAGGACACAUUUGAAGAUAAAGAAGUCGAGUUUAUCACGUCUAUGGGGAAUGAAGCAGCAAAGGCCAAGUACGAGCAGCUAGCUCCUCCGUUUUAUCACCGGCCGUCCCACACAGACUGCAGGUAGGACUCAAACACCUCGAUACUAUACAGCAUUUGGUUGAUAGGAGAGUAUUAUGGGAAGGAGUUUAUACACAUCGAGAAACAAGAGCCUUAUUCAGCAGGCUACAGAGAGGGUUUUCUGUGGAAACGCGGUCGAGACAACGGACAGUUCCUCAGUCGCAAGUUCAUUCUGUCUGAACGAGAAGGAGCGCUGAAGUACUUCAACAAGCAGGACGCAAAAGAACCAAAGGCCAUAAUGAGGAUUCAAACCCUAAAUGCUACUUUCCAGCCGGCUAAAAUAGGAAACCCCUGCGGCCUGCAGAUCACCUAUCUGAGAGACAACAGCACCAGGAACAUCUUUGUGUACCACGAGGACAGUAAGGAAAUGGUGGACUGGUUCACUGCGAUCCGGGCGGCACGGUUUAAUUACCAGAAGGUGGCAUUUCCUGGAGCUAAUGAUGAAGACCUGGUACCCAGACUGACGAGGAACUUCAUGAAGGAGGGUUUCAUGGAGAAAACAGGCCCAAGGCACACAGAGGGCUUCAAGAAAAGAUGGUUUACUAUGGAUGAUAGGAGACUAAUGUACUUUAAAGAUCCCUUGGUGAGUAAAAGUCGUGGCGAGGUGUUCAUCGGCAGUAAGGAGAACAGGUACACUGUGGUCGCUGGACUUCCGCCCUCGAUCCAGGGAUACCACUGGAAGUACGGGAUCACCAUUGAAACCCCGGACAGGAAGUUCCUGUUUGCUUGCGAAACUGAAGCAGAGCAGAAGGACUGGAUCGCUGCCUUUCAGAGAGUCGUCAACCGACCCAUGAUGCCGCAGGAGUACGCAGUUGAGGCUCAUUUCAAGCACAAGCCUUGAUGCUGGCUGUAAACCUGCCUGCGUGUGUGUGAGUGUGUGUGUGUGUGUGUGUGUGUGUGUGUGCUGCAGGCAGGACGGACUGGACAAUGAACAGCUUUUCUGUCCAAUGAAGCGCUCUGGACCGAGCGGAUACAAGAAACGGACGCUGGACUGUGUGUGCCGACACUGAGGCUUACUUAUCAUGAAUGUGUAACCAAAGGGUGCCGUCAGCCGAGUUACUGUACACAUAUGGCAUGUGAAUGUUGUUCAUUGCUCUUAAACCAUAACAUUUAAUCUGUAAAUCACAAGGUGAGCAAGUACUAAACACCGCAGUGCGUUUUUUGACUGAUGUUAUUUAUUG